AUGGCACCUUCUGCGGGGUAGGGAAUGUCCAGGAUGUUCCUGCUGCUGCUCUGGUUUCUGCCUAUCACUGAGGGGUCCCAGCGGGCUGAACCCAUGUUCACUGCAGUCACCAACUCAGUUCUGCCCCCUGACUAUGACAGUAAUCCCACCCAGCUCAACUAUGGUGUGGCAGUUACUGAUGUGGACCAUGAUGGGGACUUUGAGAUCGUCGUGGCGGGGUACAAUGGCCCCAACCUGGUUCUGAAGUACGACCGGGCCCAGAAGCGGCUGGUGAACAUCGCGGUCGACGAGCGCAGCUCACCCUACUACGCGCUGCGGGACCGGCAGGGGAACGCCAUCGGGGUCACAGCCUGCGACAUCGACGGCGAUGGCCGGGAGGAGAUCUACUUCCUCAACACCAAUAACGCCUUCUCGGGGGUGGCCACAUACACCGACAAGUUGUUCAAGUUCCGCAAUAACCGGUGGGAAGACAUUCUGAGUGAUGAGGUCAACGUGGCCCGUGGGGUGGCCAGCCUCUUUGCCGGACGUUCUGUGGCCUGUGUGGACAGAAAGGGCUCUGGACGCUACUCUAUCUACAUUGCCAAUUACGCCUACGGUAAUGUGGGCCCUGAUGCCCUCAUUGAAAUGGACCCUGAGGCCAGUGACCUCUCCCAGGGCAUUCUGGCUCUCAGAGAUGUGGCUGCUGAGGCUGGGGUCAGCAAAUAUACAGGGGGCCGAGGCGUCAGCGUGGGCCCCAUCCUCAGCAGCAGUGCCUCAGAUAUCUUCUGCGACAACGAGAAUGGGCCUAACUUCCUUUUCCACAACCGGGGCGAUGGCACCUUUGUGGACGCUGCGGCCAGUGCGGGUGUGGACGACCCCCACCAGCACGGGCGAGGUGUCGCUCUGGCUGACUUCAACCGUGAUGGCAAAGUGGACAUCGUCUAUGGCAACUGGAAUGGCCCCCACCGCCUCUAUCUGCAGAUGAGUGCCCAUGGGAAGGUCCGCUUUCGGGACAUCGCCUCGCCCAAGUUCUCCAUGCCCUCCCCUGUCCGCACAGUCAUCACCGCUGACUUUGACAAUGACCAGGAGCUGGAGAUCUUCUUCAACAACAUCGCCUACCGCAGCUCCUCAGCCAACCGCCUCUUCCGCGUCAUCCGUAGGGAGCACGGAGACCCCCUCAUCGAGGAACUCAAUCCUGGGGACGCCUUGGAGCCUGAGGGCAGGGGCACAGGGGGUGUGGUGACCGACUUCGACGGAGACGGGAUGCUGGACCUCAUCUUGUCCCAUGGAGAGUCCAUGGCUCAGCCGCUGUCCGUCUUCCGGGGCAAUCAGGGCUUCAACAACAACUGGCUGCGAGUGGUGCCACGCACCCGGUUUGGGGCCUUUGCCAGGGGGGCUAAGGUCGUGCUCUACACCAAGAAGAGCGGGGCCCACCUGAGGAUCAUCGACGGUGGCUCAGGCUACCUGUGCGAGAUGGAGCCUGUGGCACACUUUGGCCUGGGGAAGGAUGAAGCCAGCAGUGUGGAGGUGACGUGGCCAGAUGGCAAGAUGGUGAGCCGGAACGUGGCCAGCGGGGAGAUGAACUCGGUUCUGGAGAUCCCCUACCCCCGGGAUGAGGACACACUUCAGAACCCAGCCCCACUGGAGUGCGGCCAAGGAUUCUCCCAGCAGGAAAAUGGCCAUUGCAUGGACACCAAUGAAUGCAUCCAGUUCCCAUUCGUGUGCCCUCGAGACAAGCCCGUAUGUGUCAACACCUAUGGAAGCUACAGGUGCCGGACCAACAAGAGGUGCAGUCGGGGCUAUGAGCCCAACGAGGAUGGCACAGCCUGUGUGGGGACUCUCGGCCAGUCACCGGGCCCCCGCCCCACCACCCCCACCGCUGCUGCUGCCACUGCCACUGCUGCUGCCGCUGCUGGAGCUGCCACUGCUGCACCGGUCCUCAUAGAUGGAGAUCUCAAUCUGGGGUCGGCGGUUAAGGAGAACUGCGAGCCCAGCUGCUGAGCAGGGGUCGGACAGGAACCAGUGGAUGGAGUCCGGCAGAGGAGUGGGAAAGUGGGCUUGUGCUGCUGCCUAGACAGUAGGGAUGUAGAGGCCUGGGAGCUAGACCCUCCCCAAGCCCAUCCAUGCACAUUACUUAGCUAACAGUUAGGGAGACUUGCCCUAACUGCAUGAGGCCAAGCCCUAUGCUGGGCACACAGCCGUGAUCACAGCAGACAGGGUGGCUGCCCUGAUGGAGCUUACAUUCCAGUGGGUCUAAUGACCAUAUCUUAGGACACAGAUGUGCCCAGGAAGGUGGUGUUACUGCACAGGAAGUAUGAGGACUUUAGUGUCCCGAGUUUAAAUCCUGACUCAGGCACUCACAAAGCUAUGUGACCUUACACCAGUCACUUAACUUGUUAGUCAUCCAUUAUCGCAUCUGCAAAAUGGGGAUUAAAAUAGAAUCUAGGGGUUAGUGUGGAGAUUAGAUGCAAUGUAUGUAAGGCACUUAGCACAAAACCUGGCACACAGCAAAGGCUCAAUAAAAACAAGUGCCUCUCACUGGGCUUUGUCAACACGUGA